GUAACGCACUGCAAUGUGCUGUCUCUUCCGCCUCUUUAUAGCCUCGCUCCCGGCAUCCUUUGCCCUCUUCUACCAGCUCGGUCCAACAUGGGACGUGUCAGGACAAAAACCGUGAAAAAGGCCGCUCGGGUCAUUAUUGAAAAGUACUACACCCGGCUGGGCAGCGACUUCCACACAAACAAGAGAGUAUGUGAGGAAAUCGCAAUCAUCCCAAGCAAGAAAUUACGAAACAAGAUUGCUGGAUAUGUCACACAUCUGAUGAAACGAAUCCAGAGAGGGCCUGUCAGAGGUAUCUCCAUCAAACUUCAGGAGGAGGAGAGAGAAAGGAGGGAUAACUAUGUCCCUGAGGUAUCUGCCCUGGAUCAGGAGAUUAUUGAGGUUGAUCCUGACACUAAGGAAAUGCUGAAGUUGCUGGACUUUGGCGGUCUGUCCAACCUGCAAGUCACUCAGCCCACAGUGGGGAUGAACUUCAAAACACCAAGGGGUGGCAUUUAGAUGUUUGUACUAUAAUCUUUCCAAUAAACUUGGGGAAAACCAAAUAUCUGGCUCAUGGAUGAUUAUUUUUUUUUAAUUUUAAGCUUGGAGACUUUCGAAGUGGAUGCAAUGUUUGGAGUGGUGAAUGGGUUUGAAUGGGAUCUGUAUUAAAACCUAACAUCAGACACUAACUGUCUCACAUCAUAUGGACAUCCUACUUUGGUAGAAAGCGCAAAUAUUUGCUUCCCAUACCCUAUACGUCAAGUUGUACGUUACCACUUUUCACAAGGACAGAUGCAGAUAAAAGGUCCAAGUUUUUUUGCUUCUGAUUAAUUUGCAGCAACUUGAAAAUGCUGCUUCAAAUCCACACAAGCUAAAAUCUCAGACUACUCACUACUGGUAUGUGGAUUCUGGGUGCUUUUAGACUAAGGGCUUUACCGAUUUGGGUAGCUGACGUAAAAGUCUUGUUCUGGUUUAAAACUUUUCUUUGGAAAUUUGAAUGUGAUUUCUCUAAAUGUUCUCCAGCAUGUGGCUGGUUCCUCAGUAAUCUCUAAUAAAUUGCAAAUUUGACACUUACUCCCCAUCCCUUUUGACAACUGCACUAUAAAGCUAACUGGUUUAUAUUUGAAAAAUGAGCUGCAGGAUUGUUAAUCUGGUGAAAUUGCGUAAAUAAAAAAAUAUAUCUAUUCUA